ACACCCGGGGGCUCGAGCUCAUCUUCGGCCGCUGCUCCGCUCAAGUCGUCGCAGAGCUCCGGGAAGAUGUCUGUGAUGGGUCCGCACCGGGAAACCAGCAGCUAACGGCCGCUACCAGAGUGUCGCCCGUCGGAGGUUGAGUUUGAAAGUUUCGCUGCGGGGAUAAGAAGCAGAGGGACCGGUGUCCUCUCACGACCACAGCCCGUCGCCCUCCUCCAUCUCCCCGCUAUAGUCUGUAGCACGACCCGGGAGGAGUUCGGAGUUUUAUCCGGGUUUUUUUUUUUUUCACUUGUCCUGUGUGUUUGGACUUUUCUGGGACAUGUUGUGGAGCAGGUGUCUCGUCCUGCUGCUCUGCUGGGGGGCCACCAGCGGCGAGCAGCAGGCGGGUGAGAGGAGCGGAGCCUCGUCCGAGCUCCGGACGGACUCACGGAGACAGCGGUCCCCUCCGCCGGUGGAGCCCCUGGACUUUGGGUUCGUACCGUCGGCGGUUUAUGACACCCACGCUUACUACGAGCCGGGGGCCGUAGGGAUCCUCUUCCACAUGGUCCACGCAUUUCUCUACGUGGUUCAGCCGAACUCCUUCCCCAAAGAUGUGAUUGUUAAAGUCAUUCAGCAAAACAUGGGGGGGAUCAAAAUACAGGAAUGGAGAAAGCCAGAAAACGUCGUCCUGUUGCUACAGUGGAUCUACUACGAAGCUGGAUUCCUCAUAUGUUCCACCAUCGGUAUCUUGUUCGUGGUGCUCACCCCGAUCAUCGGCACGUGUUUCUGUGUGUGUCGAUGCUGCGAGAACUGUGGAGGGGAGAUGCACCAGAGACAGAGGAAGAACGCCGACUGUCAGAGAGGUUUCUACACGGCCUCGCUCAUCGCCUCCUCCAUCUUCAUCAUUUUGGGGGUACUUGUUGCAUACGCUGCCAACCAUAAUAUUGGCAUGCAGAUCAAGAGCACUCGCCGAUUGAUAAAUACCAACAUGAGAGACCUGAAGACUUUCGCUAACAACACACCUGCGCAAAUAGAUUACCUGACAGCUCAGUACACCACAGCAAAGAACAAAGUCCUGUCCGACCUCGACAACAUCGGGCCGUUGUUGGGCGGGAGGAUCCACAGUCAGCUGGAGAAAGAGGUGGUCCCGUCACUGGACAAUGCCCUGCGAAUGGCCGGAGCAAAAGUCGAGGGUGCCAUUAAAGCCAUGCGGGAAACCAAAGAGGCCCUGGAGAACAUCAGCUCCUCCCUGGAGGUGCUUCAGGAGGGGACGGGGAAACUUCAGGCCAGUCUGUCGGGGGAGCGGGCCUCUUUGUCCAACACCCUGUCCGACCCCGCCUGCACCAACGGAGCCGUCUCUCACACCUGCAACACCAUCCGGUCCACGCUGUCCCAGCUGGGAGUCAACGCAAACUACUUAAGGCUCCCAGAUGUCAAUCACGCUUUGACCAAUGUCCAAACCGUCCUGAGAACAGAUCUCAGCAACAUUGUACAAAAGGGUUACUCAUCCUUUAACGACACUCCGAGUCUGGUUAAAGAGCAAACUAAAAAUAUCGUCUCAGCUCUUCCUCGAGUGAAAGGCAUGCUGGAUAAGAUCGGCACAGAGAUCAACACCUUCGCCAAGAUGUUCCCAGUGGAAGCGUCUCUGGCCAAUUUCACCAUUUUCCUCACUGAAGGGCAGAAGAACAUUGAGUCCUUUUACCCGCAGAUCGACCAGUUUGAGUUCUACAGGUGGAUUGGCUGUGUGGCAGCACUGUGCCUGGUCGUCUUGAUCUUGGCCUUCAACAUCCUCGGACUGCUCUGUGGUACCUGCGGCUACGAUAAGCAAGCCACACCCACAACCAGAGGAUGCCUAUCAAACACUGGCGGCAACCUGCUAAUGGCUGGGGUGGGCUUCUCUUUUAUCUUUUCCUGGUUGCUGAUGGGCACCGUGACAACGUUGUUUGUUGUUGGCGGCAACGUGGAGAAGCUGAUCUGUGAACCGCUGGCAAACCGACAACUAUUCCAGAUUAUAGACACACCAUACCUGGUUCAUCCUGCCAAGAGGAACUUCCUUCCUGGGAUGCUGUUUCAGAAUCCAAACAUUGACUUGACUUUGGGAAGCAUGUACAGGGAGUGCUAUGACAACAAUGGUCUGUACCACGCUCUGCAGCUGGAGACCAUGUUCAACAUCAACACCUUCCUCAACAGAACUGUGUACAACAAGGAUCUGGCCAAAGUGUUUGAGAAUGUACAAGUGGACCUGCAGGACAUCACCCUGCUGGAGCAGGCCGGCAGAGACAACCUCAUCAACUUCGCUAACUCUGGAAUCGGACAGAUUGAGUAUGAGACGUACCUGGCUGAGUUAAACAAAGGGGUUACUCUUGUGGAUCUCCUGUCCUUCGCUACUGACCUGGAGGCUCAGGCUGAUCAACUGCCACGUGGCGCUCUGGAGAACGCACUGAGAGGACACGCCAGCAGUAUCAGACAGAUUCACAGAGAACUGGUGGUGCCCAUGGAGCAAGCAAUGAGCACGCUGAGCCAGAGCAUCAAACUGCUGCAGAGGACGUCCAACGACCUGCCGGUGAAGGUCAACAACAUCCUGAGUGCCAUUGAUGCAGCAGAGUACCUCAUCACUCAUAACGCCUCCCAUGUGGUGAAGCAGGAAACUAACGGCUACAUGCAGAGCUUAGUGGGAUACUUCAAGCAGUACACAGAAUGGGUCAAAAGCUCUUUAACUGCAGAGGUGGCUCAGUGUAAACCCAUCAGUAACAUCGUUGACACCAUGGAGAUUGUUGGGUGCAGCUUCAUAGUGGAUUCAGUGAACACGUUCUGGUUUGGUCUGGGAGGCGCCUGCAUCUUCAUGAUCCCCAGUAUCAUCUUCUCCAUCAAACUGUCCAAAUAUUACAGAAGGAUGGACACAGAGGACGUCUUUGAAGAUAUGGGUAAUACAGGUAAUCAUGGUGACCAAGUGUGUGAUAUCCAUGGAAACCUCUCUUUGGUCAGCUCCCCCUAUAACGACACUCUGUUCCCUCGGGCCUCUGCUCCCCCGAGCUACUCCGACUGGUGACCCCCCCUCAGGAACGUUCUCCCUUUUGAAAGAGUGGACAAGAGAGCUGGAACUGAGCUUCCCCUUGUGGAUCACCAGAAUUCCCAGCUUUUCUUUGAUCAUGCAACACGUCCAGUGACAAGAGGGAAGAAUAAGAACAAUCAAAGAACUGUGUGGUGAGGACGUCCCACCCCCCCUUUAACCCUUCAAGCCGUUUGACGAGGACCUCUAACACCAGCCAACUGUAACUUAUCUCAUGCACACCAGCGUCAGUCACAACCUGCAUAGUUAG